AUGUCGCGGGCUUUGAUGAUAGUAUUAAGCACAGGACUCUUGGGUUUGCUGAUGCUUCUAGGAUAUGUGUGCAUUACGAGACAUAUCCCGUCGCGUCGCGACCGACGGCAGCGGCCGCAAGCACGGUGGGGCCUGGUCGAAUUUAGGCGUGCCGACCUGGGCACGCAACUGCGAGCAGAUGGUGUGGAUGUGGUCUUCGUGCACGGCCUGGGUGCCAACCCCGACACCACCUGGACGGCCACCCUUCCUCCCACCAAACCUGCGAUCCCCGACGAGCACGACAAGACGCAAGAGCGGGUCUGCUGGGUGACGAACUUGUGGAUAGACGACAUUCCAGCGGAGGUGCGGCGAAAGACACGGAUAUUCUUCUACAACCAUGACUCGGGCUGGCGGCGAGACGGAGUGCAGGGGCGGUUGUCGACGCUGGCGGGCCGCAUGUUGCAUGAGCUGCGCGGAAUGCCACAGGGAUCGGCGCGGGCGCUGGUGUUUGUCGCCCAUAGCUACGGUGGGCUUCUGGUCAAGCAGGCUCUCGUGGAGGCGAACACCUUGGGCGUCGAGUUUGAACUUAUUCGGCAACGGACCAAAGGCAUCCUGUUUCUCGGCACGCCGCAUCGGGGCUCCAACUUUACCACACUCGGGACUUUGGUGGCGUCGUGCCUGCGGCCAAUUGGGGCGGACUCGUCGAUCUUGCGAGAGUUGGACUAUGAUUCGACCUAUUUGCAUGAUCUGCACACUCACUUUGUCCGGGUUGUCAAGCAUGAACGCGAUGCCUUCACACAGGUACUCAAUGUGUUCGAGCAGCGGCCGACGGUGAUGGUGCGGUGUGGGACGUUACAGUGGGCCCAGCUGGUGGUGCGCGAGAGCUCCGCCACAUAUACGGGCACCCAGUAUGUGCAGAACGUGAGCGUUGCAGUGGACCACAGCGGAUUGAACAAGUUUGCUGCGCGCACCGAUGAAGGGUACCAGACGCUGCGAAAUAUGCUCCGGGAUCUCCUGCCGCCACAGCUGCCGCCGAUAGAGAUCCGACCGAUCAGUCGUGCGCCCAUGUAUACUGAACGGUACGAGCUAUCGCGGGAGAUUGAACAACACCUGUGGCCGUUGACCGACGGUGAUGAUGACGGCUUCCGCGCAUUGGUGAUUUACGGCGUGGGUGGUGUCGGCAAAACACAGCUCACAUUGCAGUACAUUAAAGAACACCGACACCGGUACAAUCCGGUUCUGUGGUUGGACGCAUCGACAAUGCACAGUCUUCGACACAGCUUCCAGGUGGCGGCGACGGCGUUGAAGUUGUCGGAUGAGCCAAGCCCCACCGACCAGGAGGGCCCAUUGUCGCGAUCGCCACUCGUGUCGCGGGUCCGAGAGUGGUUGGCGGAUCGCGACGAGGGUGAUGCGCGCUGGUUGGUCGUGGUGGACAAUGCCGACGAGGUUGGUCAUGACUUGAAGGCCAUUAUUCCCCGUGGACGGCGAGGUCACGUGAUCGUGACGAGCCAAACGCAGCAGUCGUCCCAGCUGUUUGAAGUGCGGCCGGCGCGGCUACUGGUGGAUUCAAUGCAGAGCAGCGAGGCGUAUACAUUGCUGGUGAAGCGUAUGAGAGUGAAAAGCAGGCACGUAUCGGCAGAGAAUGGGGAGCUGGUCGAUGCGAUUGCGCAGCGGAUGGGAUGCUUGGCGCUGGCGGUGGAUAUGGCAGGGGCUGUCUUGGCGGACGAGAUUGAUCGCGCCCAUGGCGGGUCGCCGGAUUUGAUCCCAGUGGAGACUGUCCACAAGGUGCUGCAGCAGUAUCUCCAGGACUUUGACGCGCACCGCGAUGAUAUGCUCCGAUACAGCCAACGGGAUGAGUUGUCGGACUAUCAGAAGACGGUAUGGACCUUGUGGGACACGAGUUUCGGCGCGCUGCAGAAGGCUGGUCACUCCCGGGCACUAGAAUAUUUGAUUCUGAUGGCGCACCUCGACAGUGGUACCGCGCAUCACGAGCUAUUUCGGCUGGCUAGUGUAGGGUGGGAGGCCAUGGUGCGUCGCAUGGCGAUCAAUGUAAAUAAUUUGGUGCCCGAUUGGCUUCAGACCAUGCUCCAGGUGCGGGAUGGAGAGUGGGAUGACUUCCACUAUCGGCGCGCGGUCAAGCUCUUGGAGCGAUAUGUGCUGGUGCAGCAAACCAAGGAGGAAUGGCCGGGGACGACGAUGCACCGCAUGAUCCAAUGGCGGGCUCAGAAGGCGGGUGAGGAGGAUGGAGGUGGGUGGCGGGGGUGGGUGUGGGCGGCCGCGAUUCCGACGGCACUUGGCCGGCAGCAUAAGCGGGAUGGCAAUGGGCCCUGGUGA